CGCGAGGGAUGAGUGGUGUCUGGCUUGGGGCGCCUGGAACCCAGCUGCUGGGAGGGUCUGAGGGGCGCCAAGACCUCGCCUGGGAGGCGCAGACUUGGCCGCGCUGGCGUCGUGGUCGCACUCACUGCGGGAGCGGUCACCGGCCCCCAGUGGACUGUUGGGGCCAGGUGGGCUCCUGCUGCCUCUCCGCUUCUUUCGCUCCGCUGGGCGGCCGGAGCCAGGGCUUGUAGACGGGGCCAACCUGGGCCCUUGCGCUGGACUCCACCGGGCAGCGCAGCUCCCUGUGCUCAGGCCAGGAGGGGUGUCCGCCGCGGGGUUCUGGGGACCCUACAACAGCCCCUUAGACACGCGCGAGUGGAGAUGUACCAGCUCUCGACCCUUUCCCUCAUUGGAGCGUGAUGGGUCACCGAGACCUGUGAGGAGGACCCGAGGCAGCUGUCACCCUAGAGACAAUGUCAGAACCUUGGAGCUCAGCACCCACUUGAAGGGGGGCGUGUGCUCGCUUAAGCCCCUGCAGUUUAAGGACUAGGCUUGGCGGCUCGCAGUGCAGAGGGAGGCUUUAGCAGCCACCAGCAGUCUCAGCUGUGCUCGCGUCCUGACUGAUGCAAGUUUGCUGGCUGGUCUCCUGUUUCCAUACUUGCCCUUCCACCAUCCAUUAUCUAAGCAGCAGCAGCAGCAGCAGCAGUGACCCUCCAAACAAUGACCUGCCAUGUUCCGCAGGGUGGGCUGGCUGGUCCUAUACAGCCUCGUGGUACUGCUCAGCUGUCUGUUCUUCCUGAAGAGAGAUGCCCAGCCAGCGAGGGGGCCUGUGGUGAGACAGCCCUUCUGGGCUCCCUCAGGGCCCCGGCACAGCUCGUGUCCACCCAACCACACAGUGGCUAAUUCCUUCCUGUUCCUGCCUAACCGUCACCGCCUCUUCCUGACCUAUCGCCACUGCCGCAACUUUUCCAUCUUGCUGGCGCCUUCAGGCUGUACUGAGGACACCUUUUUGCUCCUGGCCAUCAAGUCACAGCCUGGCCAUGUGGAACAGCGUGCAGCCAUCCGCAACACAUGGGGCCGUGCAGGAAGCUGGGCUAAGGGCCGGCAGCUGAAGCUGGUAUUCCUCCUAGGAGUGGCAGGACCCACACCCCCAGCCCAGCUGCUGGCCUACGAGAGUCGGGAGUUUGAUGACAUCCUACAGUGGGACUUUGCUGAGGACUUCUUCAACCUGACACUCAAGGAGCUACACCUGCAGCGCUGGGUGGCAGCUGCCUGUCCCCAGGCCCAUUUCAUGCUAAAGGGAGAUGAUGAUGUCUUUGUCCAUGUCCCCAAUGUCCUAGAAUUCCUGGAUGGCUGGGACCCAGCCCAGGACCUCCUAGUGGGAGAUGUCAUCCGCCAGGCUCCACCCAACAGGAACACCAACGUCAAAUAUUUCAUCCCUCCUACCAUGUAUAGGGCCAACUAUUACCCACCCUAUGCUGGGGGCGGAGGGUACGUCAUGUCCAGAGCCACUGUGCAGCGCCUCCAAGCAGCCGUGGAAGAGGCCGAACUCUUUCCCAUUGAUGAUGUCUUUGUGGGGAUGUGCCUGAGAAAGCUGGGGGUGAGCCCCACGCACCAUGCCGGCUUCAAAACAUUUGGAAUACAGCGGCCGCUGGACCCUCUGGACCCCUGCCUGUACAGAGGGCUUCUUUUGGUACACCGCCUCAGACCCCUGGAGAUGUGGACCAUGUGGGCACUGGUGACAGAUGAGGGGCUCAAGUGUGCAGCAGCCCCCUUGUCCCAGCUUCGAGGGGUGGGUUGAGUGAGUGGACUUAAUUUUCCAAUCACAAGGAGAAAUUGAGAACCUUGAAACUUGGCCCUUGAUGGUCUACAGGAAAUGCUGACUUCAUUUUUGUAACCCCCUCCCAAACCUUGCUAAUUUUGAUUAAAACGCUGAAACCCA